UCCCCGAAAACCCCUUCCGUUUCCCAAAACACCCAACCGCCCACUUUGUUUUCCUCCCCUUCGCGCCGCCGCCGCCUCGGCCGCCUCGAGACGACAUGCCUCGCCGCAACGCCUCCUCCGGCUCCACCAGCCGCGGCCGGCGCCGCCCCCGCAACGAGGACGAGGAGGAGGAGGACGACGAGGUGGUGGGGGGUGUCCCCUCCGAUGACUCGGCCGACUCCGACUUCCUGGCCGGCACGGAGGAGGAAGAGGCGGCGGACUACGACGACGACGACUACGCGUCCGAUGGGGAUGGCGCGGUGCCAGCGGCCGCGGCAGCUGCUCCUGCGGUGGCCCCGCCGCCUCCGCCGCCGCGGUACCCGCGGCGGCUGAUCCGGCGGCGAGCGAGGAGGGGUAGGGGUAAGAAGAAGGUGGCCGGUGACGACGGGAAGCCCCCCCUGCCGUGGGAGGUGUGGGAGGAGGCCAACGAGAAGUGGCUCGACGAGUGGGAGGCUAUGGCGGACAAGCGGGAGCCCUCGGAGCCAGCCGUGGCGGCGAUGCCCGCGGCGGAGCCGGCCCCGGAGGUGCUGCUCCCGUUGCUGCGCUUCCAGAAGGAGUGGCUCGCCUGGGCGCUCGCGCAGGAGGCCUCCGUCUCGCGCGGCGGCAUCCUCGCCGACGAGAUGGGGAUGGGGAAGACCAUCCAGGGUAUCUCGCUUGUCCUCACCGCGCGCCGCCUCAGGCCCCCUACCCCGCCUCCGCCCCACCAACAUGCCUCCUCGUCAUCUCUGCGGCUGGGCCAGUCGAAGCGGUGGGUGGGAUGCACGCUAGUCGUCUGCCCCGUGGUGGCCGUCAUACAGUGGGCGCAGGAGAUUGACCGACACACGGCCAAAGACAGCGUGCGUGUGCUGCUGUACCAUGGAGGCCGGCGAGCGGCUCAGAAGCGUGAUUUCAACGAAUACGACUUCGUGAUCACCACCUACUCCACCAUCGAGGCAGACUACCGAAAGCACAUCAUGCCAGCCAAGGUCCGGUGCGAGUACUGUGAUAAAUUGUUUUACCCCGACAAGCUGAAGGUGCAUUUGAGGUAUUACUGUGGCCCUGAUGCUCAAAGAACCGAGAAUCAGGCCAAACAGGAGAGCAAGAAAUGGGAUAACGAAAAGGGGACAUGGAAGAGUAGCGCACAGAAGAAGAAAAAUGGUAGUGAUGGUGAAGAUUUUGUAGAAUGUGAUGGUGGGUCGGGGAGCCAAUCAAGGGGUCAGUCACCUCUGCACUCAGUGCGUUGGGAGCGUAUUAUUUUGGAUGAGGCACACUUCAUAAAAGACAGACGCUGCAAUACUGCCAGGGCUGUUUUUGCAUUAGAAUCAGAAUACAAGUGGGCUCUGAGUGGUACACCUUUGCAGAAUCGUGUUGGAGAACUCUACUCGCUGGUCCGUUUCUUGCAAAUCUUCCCCUACUCAAACUAUUUCUGCAAGGAAUGCAACUGUGAGAUACUAGAUACCCUAUUGAAGAAACAAUGUGAAUGCGGUCACUCAUCUGUCAGGCACUUUUGCUGGUGGAACAAGAAUAUAUCAACACCAAUACAAUUUGGAUCAGCAAGUGAUGAGGGCCGAAGAGCCAUGAUUCUUCUAAAGGAAAAGGUUCUGAAGGGCAUAGUGUUAAGGCGCACGAAAAAAGGAAGAGCUGCGGAUCUUGCCCUCCCGCCAAAGAUAGUGUCCUUGAGGCGGGACUCUUUUGAUAGAAAUGAAAUGGAAUUCUAUGAAGCUUUAUAUACUCAGAGUCGCACACAAUUUGAUUCAUAUGUUGUUGCUGGUACGCUGAUGAACAACUAUGCUCAUAUCUUUGACCUACUAACAAGGUUGAGACAGGCUGUUGAUCAUCCAUAUCUCGUGGCAUUUUCUAAGACAGCAGAUGGUGACAGAGGUAAAAGUGAAGGAAAUGAGAACAUGAAAAGCCAGUGUGGUAUAUGCCAUGAUUUGGCAGAAGAUGCUGUGGUUACCUCUUGUGAACAUGUAUUCUGCAAGAAUUGUUUGAUAGACUACGCUGCAACUUUGGGGAAUGUUUCAUGCCCAUCUUGUUCAAUACCCCUCACCGUGGACUUAACAACACACAAUUCUGGAGAUAAGGUCACUGCAAAUGUGAAGGGUGGCAAACGCUCAGGAAUAUUAGGCAGACUACAAAACCUUGCAGCUUUCAAGACAAGCACAAAAAUCGAUGCCUUGAGAGAAGAAAUAAGAAACAUGGUUGAGCAUGAUGGUUCCGCCAAAGGGAUUGUGUUCAGCCAAUUCACAUCAUUCUUGGAUUUGAUUGAAUUCUCCCUACAGAAGUCUGGUAUCAAGUGUGUGCAACUUAAUGGGAAAAUGAACAUUGCUGAGAAGGGGAAGGCUAUAGAUACCUUCACCAAUGAUCCAGACUGCAGGAUUUUUCUGAUGAGCUUGAAAGCUGGAGGAGUAGCUCUCAACCUCACUGUAGCAUCUCAUGUUUUCUUGAUGGACCCUUGGUGGAAUCCUGCAGUUGAGAAUCAAGCGCAGGAUCGAAUCCACAGAAUUGGGCAGUUCAAGCCAAUCAGAAGCACAAGGUUUGUGAUCAAGGACACCGUUGAAGAGCGCAUCCUGCAAUUGCAAGAGAAGAAGCGGCUGGUGUUUGAAGGCACCGUUGGCGAUUCGCCGGAGGCUAUGUCCAAGCUUACAGAGGCUGAUCUCAAGUUCUUGUUCCAGAAUUGAUCCUCCCCAAUGGGUGGAGCGUAGGAUUCUAGUGGACUGACAUCUAGGAGCCAUGACCAUGACAGCGCGCCAGUUGUAAGGUGCUCGAGUGGUCGCAUGGCUGGCCAAGUGGUGAACCCGGGCAUCCUUGUCGAAUUUUUGUAGGAAAAUUGCUGUCAGGUGACUGUCUGGUCCAAUUGUUCUUGCGUUUCUAUAGGUCUCUUGGGCUGCGAUCCCUGGCAACUUGCUUGGUUGCUUCACUCCAGCCUCGAGGGCAUUGCCAAUUUGCCAUAGCUCCUACCUUUAUAUCAGUGUAAAUAUCUGAUGGGCACAUCUCAGGAUCUGUCUUGGAGCAAAGCCGAGGUUACUCGCACCAAGUCGAGGUAGUUUAGGUACCCAAAGCGUCCAGGCC